AUGAGUGCUGAUCGAUUAAGGUUGAAUAAGCGUUGUGCCUAUCAGCUUCCGACGGAAGCCCCUCGUCUAUUACCUGUGCCAGAUUGGGGCGAUCUGAAUCCUAUCAACCUGAAUUAUACGCUGGAACUUCAAGUAUUCUCAAUUGUUGGUGAUGGACUCCAGCUGCGGGAAGCCGCCUCCCUUUACUUCCGAACAGUGCACACUUGGUUUCCUGUCGUAUCUGAGGAGAGGUACUAUGCUCAAUUAGCAAGUGUGCGAGUCAAGACGGAUCCUACACCAUCUGAUUUUAGCCUCUUGACCCUAUGCAUGGCUCUGGUUUGUAAGGAACCCAUAGCAGGGGACGUUCCUGGUUCGGCAAGAUCACUAUAUGUCUCCAUCAAAAGCUUCGUGAGUAUUCUGGAGGCAAUGGGCACGAAUUCAUUGAAAAUAGUACAGAGUCGUAUUCUGUUGACGAUCUUCGAGAUCGGUCAUGCAAUUAACCCCUCGGCGUAUAUCUCGGCUGCAGCUAAUGUACGCGCUGCAAUGAGUCUCGGCCUUGAUUCUUUCACCAAGGACGUUGGCUCACAAAAAUAUGAAGAAGCGCAAAACGUCUGGCGUGCAGUAAUGAUAGUUGACAGGUAA